AUGGCAUGCAUCCUUCCCUACCUGCCGCAAUCUCUGCGUGAGAUUGUCGAGCCUUACAUUCCUCUUUACGAAGAACACGCGCCACUGAUUGGCAUCGCGUUUGCUUCCUUCAUCGCAAUCUACGUGGGGUACUUAUACGUCCGAAGCCAGAAGGAAGCUGCUGUCGCGUUCAAUGUCCCUGUACCACCGGAAGUGCGCAAAAGCAACACUGGCAAGAAAUGGGACGAGGUCUCGGGUCAGCAGAAACAAGUUCUGGAAGAUCAAGCUCGGGGAAAAUGGAACGAUAACUUGAUCAUGAGCUACUGCCCCGCCGACGGUCGAGUGCUUGGAAAUGGAAUUCGCCCUGCUACUGUCGAAGAUGUUGAUGAAGCCGUGCAGGCUGCCAAAACCGCGCAGCGUGAAUGGGCCAAGACCACCUUCGCCGAGCGCAGAAAGGUUCUCCGGACACUCUUGAAAUACGUGCUCGAACACCAGGACGACAUCGUGACUGCAUGCUGCCUCGACUCUGGAAAGACAAAAGUUGAUGCCUCGUUCGGCGAGAUUCUUGUGACAGCCGAAAAGCUCAAGUGGACUAUCGAUCAUGGCGAGAAGGCCCUUCUACCUUCACGCAGACCGACCAACUUCCUUAUGAUGUACAAAAAGAACAUGGUCACUUAUGAACCCCUAGGCGUGGUGUCCGCCUGUGUCUCGUGGAAUUACCCCUUUCACAACUUCAUCGGACCGGUCAUCAGCGCGCUAUUCACAGGCAACGGUGUCGUCGUCAAGCCCUCCGAGCAAACUGCCUGGUGUACCACCUACUUCCUGGAUAUUGUUCGCGGCGCUCUUUCGAGCUGCGGAUACUCUCAUGACCUGGUUCAGACCAUUGUGUGUCUCCCCGCUGUCGCAGACAAGUUGACCUCCCACCCGGACAUCUCACACCUCACAUUCAUCGGCUCCCGACCUGUCGCAUUCAAAGUCUGCGAGUCCGCUGCAAAGUCUCUCACCCCUGUCACUGUCGAAUUGGGCGGCAAAGACCCAGCUGUCAUUCUGGACGAUUCCCGCACAAUUCGCAACCUUCCAACCAUCGCCUCGAUCCUUAUGCGCGGCGUUUUCCAAUCCGCUGGUCAAAACUGCAUCGGUGUGGAGCGUAUAAUCGCUUUGCCCGGCACCUACGACAAACUGAUCGAGAUGGUCACACCUCGAAUCCAAGCCCUCCGCCUCGGUUCCAUUCUCCUGGACAUCACGUCCAACGAUCCCUCCGCCAUCACACCUGAUAUGGGAGCUAUGAUCUCCCCAGCCUGCUUUGAUAAGGUCGAAUCUCUGAUCUCCGAAGCCGUCAAACAAGGCGCCCGUCUGCUCGCUGGUGGAAAACGCCACGAACACCCGAAAUACCCCCAAGGUCACUAUUUCACUCCUACUCUUCUCGUCGACGUCACUCGUGACAUGCGGAUCGCUCAAGAAGAGCUAUUCGCACCUAUCUUCCUCGUUAUGCGCGCCGAGUCUGUGCCCGAUGCUAUCGCCAUCGCCAACUCCACUGCCUAUGCCCUCGGUGCCAGUGUUUUCGGCCACAACUCUGCUGAUGUGCAAGCCUGCGUCUCCAGUAUUGACGCUGGCAUGGUCUCUGUAAACGAUUUCGGAGCUUAUUAUGCUGUUCAGUUACCCUUUGGCGGUGUUAAGGGAUCUGGAUAUGGCCGGUUUGCCGGUAAUGAAGGCCUACAAGGUCUGUGCAACACAAAAGCUGUUUGCGUAGACAGGUUCCCUAAACUUGUUGGCACUGCCAUUCCUCCGCGCGUCGAUUAUCCCAUCCAGAAACGGGAGGGCAGUGCCGGUAUGAAUGAUGGCAAUGCAGCCUGGGAAAUGUGCAAAGGUGUUGUUGAAACUGGUUAUCAAUUGACAAUCGGUGGAUGGGUUGCUGGACUCAUCCGGUUGUUGAGCAACAUGUGA